UCAUUCAAUUCAUUCAUUCAUCGUCCUAGUACUGAUUUCGAUUGAUGUUGUAUCAGUCAGUUUCUUCUUCUUCUUCUCUGUCAUUGCUCAUGAAGAAAGCAUGCCCUGCCUGGCCCCAAAGCUGUGAGCUUGACUGAGCUCCUCUGUUGUUCUUAUUCCUCCCUCUCCUGCUCAUGUACUCUGUUCCACCUCACCUAAAACAGAGCAUGAGAAACCUCAAGUGACCCUGCUCAGAGCUCAUGAGAAUUGCAACCAUUCUUGAAUCAUAACCUCUCCCCAGUCAAAUCCCACACCUUCCCCGUCUUCCUCAUCGAGAUACAAUCGUUUCUCAGUAGUCUGUCUCAAUAGCCCAAGAAGAAGAGGCAGACAACGACAAUGGAGGUCGAUUCAGGCACAGCAGCAGCGAACUCUGGGCUCGUGGUUGCGGGUCUGAGUCCGCUCAGCAGGACCCUCUGGGGGGACAGGGGAGCUGACGCGGAGCUUGGCGGUGACGUGUCCGCGAGGCUGACGUGGAAGGACCUGACCGUGACGGUGACCCACAGCAACGGGGAGACUCAGAAGGUCCUGGAGGGCCUGACCGGUUACGCCGAGCCCGGCACCCUGACAGCCCUCAUGGGCCCCUCUGGUUCAGGCAAGUCGACCCUGCUCGACGCCCUCUCGAACCGGCUUGCAUCCAAUGCCUUCCUUUCGGGUUCGAUUCUGCUCAAUGGCCGCAAGGCUAAGCUCUCUUUCGGGACUGCCGCCUAUGUGACGCAAGACGACAAUUUGAUCGGAACUCUGACAGUUCGGGAGACGAUCUCAUACUCGGCUCGGCUCCGGCUCCCUGACAAGAUGCGGUGGGAGGAGAAGCGCGCUUUGGUUGAGAGCACCAUCAUCGAGAUGGGCCUGCAGGACUGCGCGGACACAGUGAUUGGGAACUGGCACCUGAGGGGGAUCAGUGGAGGUGAGAAGAGGAGAGUAAGCAUUGCACUCGAGAUCCUUAUGAGGCCAAGGCUGCUCUUCCUCGACGAGCCAACCAGCGGACUCGACAGUGCUUCAGCGUUCUUCGUGACCCAGACACUGCGUGGUCUGUCGAGGGACGGCAGGACUGUCGUUGCCUCCAUCCACCAGCCCAGCAGUGAGGUCUUUGAGCUGUUCGAUCGACUCUGCCUGCUGUCGGGUGGAAAGAAUGUGUAUUUUGGAAAGGCUUCAGAUGCGUAUGAGUUCUUCGCUCAAGCAGGAUUCCCCUGCCCUGCUCUGAGGAACCCGUCUGAUCAUUUCCUUCGAUGCGUCAAUUCCGACUUCGAUAAAGUAAAAAAUACGCUCAAAGGGUCAUUGAAACUCCAGUUUGCAGUGGCCGAUGAUCCUUUGGAGAAGAUGAGUACAGCCCAAGCUACCCGAACACUGAUUGAUUUCUACCGAACCUCUCAGUACUACUACUCUGCCCGAGAGAAGGUCGAGGAAAUAUCAAAAGUUAAAGGGACAGUGCUAGAAUCGGGAGGAAGCCAGGCGAGCUUCUUGAUGCAAACCUUGGUCUUAACAAACCGGUCUUUCAUUAACAUGUCGAGGGAUUUCGGGUAUUACUGGCUCAGGCUCGUAAUUUACAUCGUGGUCACCAUCUGUAUUGGGACAAUCUAUUUGGAUGUUGGGACGAGCUAUGACUCGAUUUUGGCAAGAGGUGCAUGUGCCUCUUUCAUCUUCGGGUUUGUCACGUUCAUGUCUAUUGGCGGGUUUCCCUCCUUUGUUGAAGAUAUGAAGGUGUUUCAGAGGGAGAGAAUGAAUGGGCACUACGGGGUGAUAGCAUUUGUGAUCAGCAACACGCUCUCUGCAACGCCAUUCCUAAUCAUGAUCACAUUCAUCUCGGGGACUUUGUGUUACUUCAUGGUCCGCCUCCAUCCCGGGUUCACGCAUUAUCUAUUCUUCGUGCUCUGCCUCUAUGCAAGUGUGACUGUCGUCGAGAGCUUGAUGAUGGCCAUUGCUAGUGUCGUCCCAAACUUCCUGAUGGGCAUCGUUAUCGGGGCUGGAAUUCAGGGGAUAUUCAUGCUGGUCUCGGGCUACUUCAGGCUCCCAAAAGAUAUCCCGAAGCCCUUCUGGCGUUACCCAAUGUCGUUCAUCAGCUUCCACUUCUGGGCACUUCAGGGGCAAUACCAGAACGACCUCAAGGGACUACUGUUCGACGGGCAAACUCCAGGGAUGAAGAUCCCGGGAGAGUACAUCCUCGAAUAUGUCUUCCAGAUCGAUGUGGAUAGGUCCAAGUGGAUCGACCUGAGCGUGCUUUUCUGCAUGAUAGUGAUGUACCGCAUCAUAUUCUUCGUGAUGAUCAAGAUUAACGAGGAUGUGACCCCGUGGGUCCGGGGUUGCAUUGCACGGAGGAGGAUGCAGCAGAAGAACGGGAGCAUUAACACGACUGUCACACCUGACGGUCUGCAACGAUGCCCCUCUCUCAGGAGUUACGUGAAGAAUUAAGGCGAUUGGGAGGAGGAAGUGACCGAUUAGUGGCCAAGUAUAGUUUUAGAGUUGGUUAAGGGUAUAGAAAUAUUUAUUUUGAAUGAUUUAUAUGCAUAAAUAUUUAUAUAAUAUCUACAUAAAUGAAGUGAGGGAAGUCGAAAUAUCCUUAGUACGAUGACAAUGGUUUAGAGUACAGAUUUAUUCAUUCGGUUACAUUUAAUCCUCGGUACACUAGUACUGAUGGUGAGGCAUCCCGAACCAUUAUAGAGUCCGUGUCAAUGUUUCAAUUGUUUUCGGUGCUGAAGCAAAUCAAAUCAGUUUCUACGGUGAAUAGCUUUUGAGACUUCA